UCAAAUUACUGAAAUAGACUGUGAUUUUUUUUUUACAGAUUUUUUCCGUAUAUUUAAAAUAUGGUUAAAACAUAAAGAAUGGAAAAUCUACAUUGUUUAUUUAAAAAAGUAUCUAUUUUUACAAAUACUUUUUAUCAUACAGCCUACAAAUAAAACGGAUAUGUGACCUGGUGUGACAUUAAUUGAUGAAUAUUACUAAUGUUGUUUGAAGAUUGUGCCCGUGAGCCAGCGCCUCUGAUAAAAGCUGCAUGAUUAAGAAAAACACAAAGCUGUCUGUUAUUAAACACAAACGAACGAAAUAAAUGCUCUUCUGUUCAAAUAUAAAUGCGUCCAUGACGCGAUAUGUUUUUAAACUACUUCGUCUGAAAGAGCUGAUGAGUCAGUUUUAAAUCUGAAAGAGUUCGUGGCGCGCAUCAGAAUCAGACUUCACUACUUUGACUGACCAAUAUUAUUCCGCUUGUUAAAGUAGUUCUGCUGCGUUCAGUGCUUUGCCACGCAUUUAAUUUCAUAAUUUAGUACGAUAACAUCAUAGAAUACAUUCUUUCUUUAAGUAGCCUACGCGCAUAUUUAAAUGACAGCUAUGAAGAUUUUAUAUUUUUGAAAUGUAAGAAGGAUACACCCUCACAAAGCACACAGUGGAGCAGCUGCGCAGUGCGCGUGACCGUGACAGGACCUCACCUCAGAAUUACCGCCAAUUUUUGGAUUAGAGGCGAAGCAGAAAAGUUGCGUGAGCUGCCAAAAUCAAGAUCAGUGUGAAAAGGUCAGGCUCACAAUGUGAAGAUGUCUGCAAGUUACUCUUUUUAAAGCUGUGGUGUUUCUGUAAAGACCUUAAAAGGUAAUGUACAACAUCAAGGGCUCCACAGAAAUGAGGCACAUUACCUAUAUCCAUGUUGCAUAGCAUUGCCUGAUGAAGUGGACUCUACUGGACUUCCAAGUACACCCUGCAUAAUUGUGUGUUGUAUGUUUAAAAAUGACAAAGUGAAGCUAUAUUUAAUAUUUGUUGGUUUUCCUUUUCUAUUUUAUCACAGUGUUAUAGAUCCCUUUUUUCUUCAUGUUACAAUAGGAUGUUCUCCUUUGACUGCCGAGUAAUUCGUUGUCUGUGGACCAGGUCAUUGUUAACAGCCACAUCACCAUGUUCAGUGAUGCUAUCAGGUUGAUGUUGGCCUCAUACUACUGCCUGAACAUUUCCUAUCCAGAUGACCAAGGAGCAACAUUGGAAUUUGUGGAGAGAUGCCUUUUCAAGAUAAACCCAGAGAAGGGAUCCAAAAUUCUAAAGAGAACAUCAAGAAACCAAAAGGCGGCCGCAGCCUGCUGCCGUGGCAGAAACUAGUGCCUUUGGAAAGCGAUUCCCUGCUUCAUACAGGAACUUUUAUAUUGAUCUAAGAUGGGAAACUCUGAGAGUCAGUACACCAUCCACCACUCCCAAAGCAGUAGCUGUAUCAUUCCUGACAGACCAAAUCAUUAUUCAUCCAGGAUAUGUUCUACCGGAGACAGCAUUUCAUUGCCUUGCAGUGAUAGGAAUGCGGGGUUAAGAUUCAGGACCCCAUCGAAGUCUGACCACACUUUUAUAUCACGCAACUAUGAGUACAUCUCACGUAAAUUAAAGAGUAAUGUCAAUGGUCAGUGCAAUGAGGUUUCAGACGUCAUGUUUCCUGAAGGUGGCCUGUUGGAGAAGAGUGGUGCUGGGGAAAAGAGUAAAGGUUAUUUUGCUUUCAACACAGUGAAAACAACUAGAAAGAGUAUUAGCCUUCAGGACUUUGAGAAACAAAGCAGUCCAAGGGUUGUGAUUAAGAAAGAUGACACUGGAAGAGUAGAUUUUAACCAUGUAUCUGACAGUGCCCUUCUCUCCGACAAAUGCUCUGGACCAGUUCAGCUCCUCAGGUUUUCCCCUACCAUAGACUCCAGUUCUAAUAUAUUUGGAGUAACACCAUCAUUAGUAGUCAAAUUGGAGGCUCAGCAACCAGUUGGACACUUCAAGAGAACAAAAGGCAGCUCUUCGACCUCUGAUGACUCCCUGUUUGACUUGCCCUGGACCUGUGGGACUUGUGUAGAACCUAAUGAUUCAGACAUUACCUACUCUAACAGUGAAACACAAAGUAUUUCAGCAAGAAAGGUUGGAGUUUUUGGCCAAAGGUCACCUGACAUUACUAUAGGUGACCUCUGCAAGGAUCCUAAAAUUGAUUCCACAUUUUUGCAGUUUUCAAAUCAUAGCCCUUUAAAUCAAAGAACCUCAUUUGUAUCUGUGAUGGAGGAAUCUAGCUUAGAUGGAUGCCAAGGGGAAAAGCAGUAUUCCUUCUUCACCUUACCUCGCCAGAAACCUAAGCCUGUUCUAGAGAGUACGAGAAAGAGCGAGACAAUAAGGAACAAAUUGAGGCAUAUCCGUUACUUGACAGGAAGCUUGACCAGGAAAAAGAAGUUACAGGAGCCAAAGUAUAAUGAGCCCACCAAUUGCUUUGAUAGUGGUGUGGAUGGCCUGACUGCAGACACAAGUUCUCCUUCUCAAGUCUUCAGCCUUCUGGGUGUCUCCGGUGACACAUCUCAAACCCACUGUCAAUCUCAGCCACUACAGUUCUGCAGCUGUUCUGAUGGCGCCCUUCUUUUGGACACUGAGCAGAAAAACGUCUACAAGAACUUCAUGAAGGAGUUAAUGGCUGGCCGGCCUUCAGCAGAAGGUGGAGGUGAGGAGUCGGGUGAGAAUUUCACAGAUGAUACUGAGAGCAGUUGUCAAGAAACCCUCGGCUCGCUAAAGCAGAUAGACUUACUGUUUGAGAAAGAGCAAGGAGUUGUUCGACGGGCUGGGUGGCUCCACUUCAAGCCUUUGCUUACUGUACAGAAGGACAGAAAGCUGGAGCUAGUGGGUCAUCGAAAAUGGAAGAAAUUCUGGGUCACUCUAAAGGGUUGUACUCUCCUGUUCUAUGACAGCUAUGGAAAAGCUUUUUCAGACCAAGAGCUGUCUCCAUGCUGUGCCCUGUUAGCUGAUGAUGGCAUAGUCCAGGCUGUUCCUGAGCAUCCCAAGAAGGAGAAUGUGUUCUGCCUCAGUAAUGUCUAUGGUGAUGUCUAUCUUUUUCAGGCCUCUAAUCAGACUGACUUGGAGAAUUGGGUAACAGCCAUCCAUUCUGCUUGUGCAUCUCUGUUUGCCAAACGCAAUGGGAAGGAGGACACAUUGCGUUUGUUACAUGGAGAGAUCCGUGGGAUUCUUCAGAAGAUUGACAUGGACAGCAAGAUGAAAAAAAUGGCUGAGCUUCAUUUGCCCAUUGUUGGUAAUCCCAAGAAUAGGAAGGCUAUUGAAGACCAGAUUCAACAAUGGGAACAGAACCUUGAGCGAUUCAACAUAGACCUAUUUCGCAUGCGCUGCUACUUGGCCAGUCGUCAAGGGGGAGAGCUACCCAACCCCAAGAGCCUCCUGGCCACAGCCAACCGCUCAUCCAAAGCUGCAGUGGCACGACUGGGAAUCUUCUCUGUUUCCUCAUUCCAUGCACUGGUCUUUUCCAGGGAUGAGGCAACAAUGCGAAAACAUUCUCUGUCUCUAUGCCAACAUGGUCACUGUAAGAAAGGUUUUUUUUCAUCAAUCAAGGGCCUGAACACUCUUACCAGGAAGGGUCAUGAAAGAAAGCCAUCGGAUUCACAGCGGCUUUUAGCUAAUAUUUACUCAAUUUUACCACCUGAAGGCAGCCGAAGGAAUUGCAGCCAGGAUAUCCCAAUUUGUGUAUACAUGCCAAAUUACCAGACUGUUACAAUUCUUCUUAAAAGUCAUCACACUGUAAGGGAUGUCUUGACUGAGGCCUGCAUGCUCAAGGGCCUUGACCCCUAUUUGCACUGUUUAAAGCUGAGGAGAUGUGUAGGAGACAGGAUGGAAAUAUUUGCACCAUCAGCUCAUGAACUUCUGCAGGACUUGUCAUAUGAUGAUCUUGAGGUUUGCCGACUAAACAACUUCACUCUGCAUAUUUCUCGACCAACUCUAACUGUAGACUUCGGGUUUGCUGUUACAGGCUAUGUUGACAGCAACAGAAACAGUCAUAUCACUGUCAAUGAAGUUCUCCCUAAUGGGCUUGCUUUCAGAAAAGGUCUCAGGCCCGGUGAUGAGAUCUGGUUUUUGAAUGGAUUUGAGGUGUCUUCUCUGGACCUAGCUCUGAUCCCAACUUUAUUUAAGGAUCUGACUGUGAAGCUGACUGUGAAACGCCCUCUGCCCUCCACCCAAUACCAUACAGAUACAAACACAAGGCCUCUAAACAGAAACUGUACCAAAAAACACCACAGAGCCAAGUCGUCAACAGAUGUGUCCUGUGCGGCAGAAAUCUUGGGUUUAACUGUAGAUAAUGAUAUUCAGCUUCAGCGACACAGCCGUCAUCAUACAGUGCAUCAUAGCAAGAGUGUGGACACCGUGUGUUCUUUGUAUCAGUACUACCAGGAAGAUUCUGGAAUUUUGAUGGAGGGCCAGAGGGAGUCAAGGGGGCCAGAACCAUCCACGCUGAGGCCCUAUCCAUGGCAUAUGUCUGCCACAGAGAGACUAUGCAAGGUCAUUCAGGAAUUAGUAGACACGGAGAAAUCCUAUGUAAAGGAUCUUAACUCCCUGAUUGAAAUAUACCUAAAUCCCUUGCAAAAGGAGAGCUUUCUCACCCAAGAUGAGCUGGAGAGCCUAUUUGGAAGUCUUCCAGAGAUGCUGAGCUUCCAAAAAGUUUUCCUGCUGACCCUGGAAGAGAAGAUUAGUUCCUCUCCAAACUUCACCAUACUGGAGACCCCUGUGCAAUUCAAGAAGCUGCUCUUCUCCCUUGGUGGAUCAUUUCUAUAUUAUGCGGAGCACUUCAAACUUUACUGUGGUUUUUGUGCAAACCACAUCAAAGUGCAAAAGGUUCUGGCACGAGCUAAAACAGAUCGAUCCUUUAAGGAGUUCCUUGAUGCAAGAAAUCCAACUAUGCAGCACUCGACUACUCUAGAGUCCUACCUUAUCAAACCAGUACAGAGAGUGCUGAAAUACCCACUGCUUCUCCGCGAGCUGGUAUCUCUAACAGAUAUAGAUAGUGAGGAGCACUACCAUCUCACAGAGGCAUUGAAGGAAAUGGAAAAAGUUGCUAGCCACAUAAAUGAGAUGCAGAAGAUCUACGAGGACUAUGGUGCAGUUUUUGAUCAGCUGGUAGCAGAACAAAAUAGCACCGAGAAGGAGGUCAGAGAUAUUUCAAUGGGACAGUUCCUCGUGCAUUCUUCUGUCAUCUGGCUCAACCCGUCCCCAUCACUGGGCCGUAUGAAAAAGGAUCCUGAGCUUACUGUAUUUGUUUUCAAGAGAGCUGUGAUUCUGCUGUACAGAGAGAUCAACAAAACGAAAAAGAAAACGCCAAUAUCAAGAUCAGCUCAAGGAAAUCAGGUUCCAUUUGAGCUUCGCUGGCUCAUUCCCCUGUCAGCUCUGCAGAUUAGACUUGGCAAUACUGGAGAGACUGGCUGGGAGUUGAUCCACACCAAAUCAGAAAAAGUGGGCAGGCCUGAGACGGUUUUCCAGUUAUGUAGCAGCACCCUAAAGUGCAAACUCAACAUCAUCAAGGCGAUUCGCUCCAUCCUGAGGGAGAAUUUGCGGCAAAACAUGAAUAGAACUGAGCAACCUGCUGAAAGAACCUGCAAAAAGCGACUUAGUCCCCUCCGGAAGACUCUGCCAGCCUCUGCUAAACUAGGGUCUUCUCGAGCGUCUUGGCUCUGCAAAAAGACUUCAAAUGACACUUGCCACUCCCUUAAUGACCUGCUGAGGCAUGCUCUUCCCGAUUCAGAUUCAACAAGUACAAGCAGUUUGACCACCAGCAGUGCCAGUGCUCCUCUGGAUACCCCAUCAGAUCUACCAGUUCAUCAGACUGGCCUUAAAGAAUCCAUCAUCGAUGAGGACAAUGAAUACUGUGAGCAAAAUGAACGUCAAGACUCUCAACUCUUGGGCUCUGCUAUCGAGACCAAAUUUCAAAAGCUUCAAUUGACAGAAAAGUCAUCCCAGGGACCUGCUCCUUGUGAGGAGCCAGAGACUGAAGUGGACGACCUAGAAAGGCAGGCUUUUAUCAAACGAGCUCAUUUCUGUGCAAUGAAUCGCACGACUGGCAGAGGCAGCACGAACAGCUUCAGACGAGAACAGGUGUCACUAGGGAACAUGCGUCGACACAGCCACUCAUUGGACAGCCAGACAGAGUCGAUGGCAAAUAACGUGGACCUUAAUUCACUACUGGAACAAGAUUUCAGCGUGCAGAGCUUGACUUCUGUUGUCAAUGAGGACAUUUUCUAUGACAACACGACAGAGGCACAAAAUGGUGCUGCAACAACCUCUUAGCAUCCCUUACCAAGGCAAAACAUUUGAGCUGUGCUUUACUGGUAAAACAACUGGAAAUAAACUACAGGAAAGGUCAGGUUACAGUUUUGCCUUGUAUUAGGAACACUACAAUACAUUUUAAUUUAGAUUUAAUGAUUUGCUUUUUAUAAACCUUAUUUAUUGAAAAGGUUAUAUUUCUAUUAACCAAGUAGGUGGGUUCAGAUUUGUAUGUGUUUAGUGUUGUAUUAAAUGGUUUACCAAAGCUCUCACAAUGCAUGUAAACCACAUACUUUCCUUAUGAUCUGCAAAAUGUACGACUGUAACAUUUCAUAUUCAUCAUUUAAUUAAACAUGUAAUUCUUAAUGUGCUUACCAUUCAAAUAAAGUCAGCAAUCGAUGUGGGUAUUUUUA